AUGGCGGCAUCAUCAAGCAAUGAUCGAUUGGAUGAUGCAUAUGAUGAUGCAGUUGAUGAUGCAUUAGAUGAUGCAUUAGAUGAUGCAUUUGAUGAGAAGUUUGAAGCCAUGUUCAAUUCGUUUGUAAAACAAAAUGAAGAAAAAAUGAAAAAGAAAAAAAGAGCGUACAUUGAAAGAGAGCGUGAAAAAGGUCACUUGCGGUUAUGGAAUGAUUAUUUCAGUGAUGAUGCAACUUAUCCGCCACAUAUUUUCCGACGACGAUUUAGAAUGACCAAAGAUUUGUUCAUGCGUAUUGUCACCCGACUUGCCGAUGAGGUUCCGUACUUCCAGCAAAGAAGAAAUGCCACCGGAAGAUUAGGGCUAUCUCCUCUACAAAAAUGCACGGCAGCAAUCCGUAUGAUGGCAUAUGGUACCGCAGCGGAUGCAGUUGACGAAUAUCUCCGGCUAGGUGCUACUACGGCAUUGUUAUGCUUGGAACAUUUCACUGAGGGUAUAAUAUCCUUGUUCGGAGAUGAGUAUCUAAGAAGACCCACAGCUGAUGAUCUUCAACGGUUACUGAACAUUGGAGAGCAACGGGGCUUUCCCGGAAUGAUAGGAAGCAUCGAUUGUAUGCAUUGGGAGUGGAAGAAUUGUCCAACUGCAUGGAGAGGACAAUAUACACGCGGGUCAGGAAAACCGACAAUCGUUUUAAAGGCAGUUGCAUCACAAGAUCUUUGGAUAUGCACGCGUUUUUUGGACCUCCAGGUACAUUAA